AUGACCAGCACCAACCUCGCGUGUCUCCCGCUGGAGAUUAUCCACCGCGUGCUUUAUUUCAUGGAUCUAUCCUCGCUUUGCGAACUUGCCCUCACCAAUCGCCGCCUCAGUGCAAUCAGUCAAAGGGAGCUGCUGAAGGUGGUGACUGUGUACCCCCGGAAAGAGAGUCGAGAAAGAUUUCAGGAUAUCCUCGAAGACAGGACUCGGGCACGACUGGUGCAUAGGUUAUAUCUGGAUGUCAGCGCUUGGGCCGGCUAUUUCACACAAGCACGCUAUGUCAAUCAAAGCAACCGCGAUAAGGAGAUCCUCCAGUUGCGCAGAUUUAUGAAGCUCGUCCCGCGCUUGAAGGAACUCCCCUGUCUACGAAGCAUCGUGCUUCGCUUUCAUCCGGGCUGUUAUGUCGAAGAUACCUGGGAUGACUCCUUUCAGAGUGCCGAGUUCCGCUCCUGUGUAAUGACUGAGUUUAUCUCGGCGGUGACGUCCCUCGACGAGCCUGUCAAAGAGCUGUCCCUGUGCAACUUCCAGAACAUCAACCCGACGGACCUCACGGUGGUCCUGAAUCUCACCCAGAUCUUGGGCAGUCUACGCGCAUUGCGGCUGAAUAUCGCGAAUGAACACGACGAAGGCAACGGCGAAAACGAUCUUGAGCAAGACGAACCGCACAAAUUCUUCCCCGAACUUCCCUCCUUCUGGCUGACCCCGGCGGCCGCGACCCUCGAACACCUCACCAUCUACUCCAGCAACUACUUCGGCUUCUACCCCAAGCUGGAUCUACGCGGGGUCCACCUCCCGCGCCUGAAGACCCUGGCCCUGGGCAAGUACGCCUUUGUCCACGACUCCCAGCUCCAAUGGAUCCUCUCGCACGGCAAGACCCUAACCGAGCUCUACCUCGAAAACACCCCCAUCCUCUUCGAGGUCUCCGUCUACAACAAAGACCGGGCCUUGCUGGACUCUGGCCGAUACACCCACAAACCCGGGCUGCGCGAGAAACACUUCGCGACGUACGACAAGCGCUGGCACCACUACUUCCGGGCCUUUCAGGCGGGGCUCCCGCACCUGCGCCAUUUCCGCUACGGGCGCUCGGAACUGUGGUGGGAGGAUAACAUGACGCCUCUGGAGCGCGAGACGGGGAUUACGGUUGGGAUGCAUGACGACAGCUACAUGGUCUUCUGCGACGGGUUCGGGCCGACGCCGUAUAUGCAUACCACGAUCUAUGAUAGCGAUGACGAGGAGCCAUCCUAUGAAGGUGAUGGAGUGGAUUGCGUGGAAGAAGAUCAGCAGGCGUUGGUGGGGUUGCUGGGGAAGAUUGGGCAGCCGUUGGAGGUGGAGGAUUAG